GAGGUCGCCCCGGUGCUGUGCCUCUCCCAGGCUCAGGCACAUGAAGUCCUGUGGGAGGCAGCCAGCCGCUCGCUCCCAGGGGGACUGACAGUCGGCAGAGGUCGGGGCGGGAGCUGGACUAGGACUAUUGUCAGCAGAUCUGAAGGCAGAAUGUCGGUGAAAGGGGUCAAAGGCGCCGUGAAGCAGCCAAGGUUGGAGCCUGCACAGGGGAUGGACUCCGUCGGGGACACACUGCAGAGGCUGCGGGAGUCCUUCAGCGCGGGGCGCACGCGGCCGGCUGAGUUCCGGGUCACCCAGCUCAAGGGCCUGGGCCGCUUCCUGCGGGACAACAAGCAGCUUCUGCAGGAGGCGCUGGCGCGGGACCUGCGCAAGUCAGCCUUUGAGGCAGAUAUAUCCGAGUUCCUCAUGUGCCAGAUGGAGGUCACACUAGCCCUCAAGAACCUGCACACCUGGAUGAAGGACGAGCCAGCGACCAAGAACCUGCUCAUGCUGCUGAGCUCUACCUUCAUCCGGAAGGAGCCCUUCGGCCUGGUGCUCAUCAUCACCCCCUGGAACUACCCCCUGAACCUGAGCCUGGUGCCCCUGGUGGGCGCCCUCGCAGCAGGGAACUGUGUGGUGCUGAAGCCAUCAGAAAUAAGCACAAGCACAGAGAAGGUCCUGACCGAGGUGCUGCCCCAGUACCUGGACCAGAGCUGCUUUGCUGUGAUGCUGGGCGGGCCCGAGGAGACGGGGCAGCUGCUGGAGCACAAGUUUGAUUACAUUUUCUUCACGGGGAGCCCUCGAGUGGGCAGGAUCGUCAUGACCGCAGCCGCCAAGCACCUGACACCCAUCACACUGGAGCUGGGGGGCAAGAACCCCUGCUACGUGGAUGACAACUGCGACCCUGAGACCGUGGCCAACCGCGUGGCCUUUUUCCGCUACUUCAACACGGGCCAGACCUGCGUGGCCCCCGACUACGUGCUGUGCAGCCCCGAGAUGCAGGAGCGGCUGCUGCCCGCCCUGCAGAGCACCAUAGCCCGCUUCUUCGGCGAAGACCCCCAGAGCUCCCCGAACCUGGGCCGCAUCAUCAACGACAAGCAUUUCCAGAGGCUCCAGGGCCUGCUGGGCUGCGGCCGCGUGGCCAUCGGGGGCCAGAGUGACCAGAGCGAUCGCUACAUCGCACCCACGGUGCUGGUGGACGUGCAGGAGACGGAGCCGGUGAUGCAGGAGGAGAUCUUCGGGCCCAUCCUGCCCAUCGUGAACGUGAGGAGCCUGGACGAGGCCAUCGACUUCAUCAACCGCCGGGAGAAGCCCCUGGCCCUGUACGCCUUCUCCAAGAGCAACAAGGUAGUGAACGAGAUGCUGGAUAGGACCAGCAGCGGCACUUUCGGAAGCAAUGACGGCUUCACCUACUUGACUCUGCCAUCCCUGCCACUUGGGGGCGUCGGCAACAGCGGGAUGGGAAGAUACCAUGGCAAGUUCUCCUUCAACACCUUUUCCCACCACCGCGCCUGCCUGCUCUCCCCCCCAGGCCUGGAGAAGCUCAACGAUAUCCACUACCCGCCCUAUCCUGACUGGAAACAGCGGCUAGUACGCUGGUCCUUGGGCCCCCAGAGCUGUACCCUGCUGUGAGCACUCUGCCCACCUCCAGUGCCCCACUCCCACCACCCCUCUGGCCUGCUGCUGCCAAGAUGCCCAGUGGUCUCUGAAAGGUGGAGUCUCUUGUCCUGGACUGCAAAGAUCCUGCUCCUGGGAUCUUGGACCCCUGACUGGGCAGGACCUCUGGGCCAUUGGGCCAGCGCCUUUCAAGGCCCAAGUCCCCUCUGCAGCCUUCUGACAGAUUUGUCGACCCUCUGCUUGGAUAUGUCUGGUGACGGAGAACUCAUCCCCUUGCAAGGUUGGGCAGCUCUUGUGUUUAGAAAGGACUCCCUUGUGUCAGAUCCAUAAAUAGGCUCCCAAAAUACAGAGCAAUUUCAAACA